GUGCAGAGGAGCAGAGUCAGAGGAGCAGAGUCAGAGGAGCAGAGAGCAGCGGAGAAAAGCUCCGGUUAAUCGGUGAAAAGUGCCCGGGGAAGGGUCCUCUGGGGUCGGCGCUGCUCGGGGGUCUGCUGCGGGUCCGCGGGGCUCGGGGUUUAUGCGCUGACCGCACAAAUCUGCGGCUUUUCCUCGUCGUUUAAAGAGGCUUUUGUAAAGUUGCGGCGCAGUUGAGGAGGAUGUGGGACUGAGACAAAGGGUCUGGGGCAUCCCGUCCGGGUAGAACUUGUUUUCCGGCUCUUCUGGAUGGGAAAGAUGGAGAGGGAGCUGCAUUGGUGGAAAGGACAGCUGGCUGCAGAUAUUCAUCAGUCGCUCCGCAUCAAGGAGCUGAAGUUGCCCGUGUACCGCGCCCACUCUCCUCAGAUCGGCAUGCGGCGGUACUUUGCCGACCUGUUGGCCAUCCUGAGUAAUCGGUACCAGCUGUGCCCGACGGCGCGCCACCUCGCCGUGUACCUGCUCGACCUGUUCAUGGACCACUACGACGUCGCAGUGAAGCAGCUGUACGUCAUCGCCCUCUCCUGUCUGCUCCUGGCCAGUAAAUUCGAGGAGAAGGAGGACCGCGUGCCCAAACUGGAGCAGCUCAACUCUCUGGGCUUCAUGUGCAGCCUGAACCUGACCCUGAACAAACGGGACCUGAUCAAAGCCGAGCUGCUUCUGCUCGAGACGUUCGGCUGGAACCUGUGCAUGCCCACGCCCGCCCACUUCAUCGACUACUACCUCCACGCCGCCGUGCAGGAGGGCGACCUGUACAACGGCUGGCCCCUGUCCUCCUUCUCCAAGACCAAGGCCUUUAUGGACAAGUACACACACUACUUCCUGGAGGUGUCGCUGCAGGACCACGCCUUCCUGAGCUUCCGGCCGUCUCAGGUCGCCGCCGCCUGCAUCGCCGCGUCUCGGAUUUGUCUCCAGAUCAGCCCGAGCUGGACCACGGCUCUGCACCUCCUCACGGGCUACACCUGGGACCACCUCACCCAGUGCAUUGAGCUCAUGCUGCUAGCCCAUGACAACGAUGUGAAGGAGGCGAAUAAGACCAAGUCCACACCUCCUCACAGGCCGGCGUCGCUGCAGCCUCAGCCCUCGUCUCAUCUGUCUCCUGUGUCUGCUGUUCAGAGACCCUCCUCCUCCUCCACCUCCUCCUCCACCGUCUCCACUCCACAGCUGCUCUUUCAGCCUGAUGCCUUCCCACAUAUUUCCCAGCAUUCCCCGUCACUGUCGCAGCUCCAGGCCUUGACUCCUGUGGUCAGUGUUUCUCAGGACUUCCUCCAAAACCACAGAAUGGGUCUGUUAACAGCAGCUCCGGUGGUGUCCCCCGCGCCCGCCUUUCCCUCGUACUCUGCCCUGAGCUCAGGCCUUCAGGCCGGCUCCAGGGGCCUCCCUCUGCAGGGGCCCCUGUCCGUGCAGAUGGCCCUGGCUACGGAGCCGCGACACUGUCUGAGCGUGGCCUACAGCGGGGGGUACCUGGGGGCCCACCACACCUUCACAGCGGGCUGCUUCGACAGGUGACGCCAGGAGACGGAGAGGGAGUGCGCCGCCGUGCUUCCGUCCCAAGUUCCAGCCAAAAACCCUUUCCCAGACCUCCUCUCUCUCUCCGUCAGCAGCUCUGCACCUUCAGCCCCCGCCGCCUCCGCUUUGUCCCAGAGACGCCUCAAACGUAAACAACGGGCCAAAGGUAAAACGGACGCAGUGGAAGUCAUCACUCUGACGUGAGGCUCCGCUGCGGCAGUGAAACUCUGUAAAGGCCAUAAGUCACUGUUUUAUCUGCAUCACUGUGAAUGAGAUGAACUUUGACCCUCCUCAUUCUGUGCCUCUCGGUUUGUCUGAGUCCAUCCUACAGCACGAUUCUGCUGUUUUUAUUUCCUCACCUCCAGGAUAAUUGUGAGACAAAAUGGAGCUGCUCAGUGCUCUUCGAAAUGAACUAGUCACUGAAAUCGACCUGAUGGUUCAUGACCACGUCCAACGAGAAGGACUCGCCCGAAAGAGGAUCACACAUGUUUCUUUUAACGUUUUAAUCUCCAAAGUUAAACUGAGAAUUUGGCGUUGCUAAAUUCCCAGCGAUCCCCAUGUCUCCAGCUUCGUUCAAAGAUCUGACUCCUCUCUGAUGUGACUGGACCCGUCGGUGAAGAAGACUUGUGUUUGUUCGUUGUACAGAUGAAAUGCUGCUGCCUUUAUGAACUGGUUCUGUCUGUGUUGACGAUGUUUACAUGAACCAUGAGUAUCAGGGACUAAAACACGAUUACUUGAAAACGAUGCCAUUGAACCAGACCAUAGCUUUUAUUUAUAAUGUCUUACUUUUCUUUUUUUUAUGUAGUUUAGAUUUUAAACCACGUGGGACAAACCAGUUCCUGUAGUUUUUGUUUGUAACUCUGUAUUUUCCAGCUCAGGUUAAAAGGGUAAAGACUCUUACUCUGUUGUGCUUUAAGUGGAUGCUUUUAUAAUGCAUCUGUGGGGGCUCUGGGUUCCCCCUUUUCAUCACUGGACCAUUACACCAGCUACUGACUGAAAACGACUCGCAAAGAUACUGUUUGAGUUCUUUUACUGAUGCUCGGAGGCCUGUCACGAUGAACACGUUUGAACCAGGAAAUAUCACGAUAAACGAUAAUGUUCAAAGUACUUUAUGAAACUGAAACAAAGCAGGAUAAUCCCAGUAAAAUGAUUUUGAAAUAGACAAAAGCGAUAAAAAAACCCCCAAAAAACAUGAGCUCCAACCAAUUAAAGGCCGAAUGAACUAAUAAUGAACUACAGAAGUGAUUUAUUCCAUUCUCUACAGCUCAAAUUGGACAUUAUUACGUCAAAAUGGCCGCCUGGAUCAAGAACACGCACCUAAAUCCUCCCCGUGUUCAAAUAAGCGUGAUUGACAGGUGGAUUAGCCAAUCAGGGACAGGCAUGGUCCGUCUGUGUCGGGGGAAAAAAUGAAGGAGAAAAAACAAAAUCACAGGGAGGAAUUCUGCAGAAUCAGUGAGAGAAGCACUAAACUUUACGACCAAUGAGCUGCUUCGUUUCACACGUGUCACUGAAAUAAACUGUUCUAAUUGGGCGAUGACGUUUGACCGGGAUCGAGAUGCAACAGAGGACGAGGGACCAGACUGACGUCCAUCUGUAUAAAAAAUACAGAGAGAGGUCAGUCUGGGUUUGCCCGGGAAUAAAAAAUGUCAAAAAUCUCCUCACUUAUCACAAAGAAAACGUCCACGGGGUAAAUUCUGAGUCAGUUCUGUCUUUCGUGUCUUGACGUCGAUGUCGUGGUGAUCGUGACAGGCCUCCACUUCACUCAUUUCGUUGAAUCUUCCUGGACACUGGACGUCUGCAUCAGUGCCUUUCCCCAUGACACCAGCUCAGAUUCACUAAACACACACUGAAGCACUCGUCUCUGCUUUUAGUUUGUACAGUUGAGUUUUUUCAUUCCUUUCCUCCAUUUCGUAGCUGUUUUUAGUAAACUCUAUUUUAUUUUUCUUAAGUCAUGGAUGAAUUCUCACUGAGGUGUCAAAAGUGCAAUACCUUCUGUCCUGUUCCGCCGGCCUCACUGUUUUGGAGCGCACCUCGGGUUCACAGUUUAACUUAUUUCUUCGGUGUGAUUUGGCUGUUCUGGUCUGAUCCUGGUGAUUAUGUUGCAUAUUGCAGCCGCCUCCAGUGAUGGACGGACCAAAUGCUUUUAUCUCGAGCUCGUUCCGCCGUUUUUUUACUCAACACACGACACUGGCAAUAGUAAAACAUAAAACAUAAACAUUCAUUCGUAUAUUUUUAUAUCUUUUGUAACAAACUGUAGUGUUGGUUUAAGUGACACUGGUUGAUUAAAAGAUCAUUCUCAAAUGUGCCGUGGAAAAAUAAACACAUUUGAACC